AUGUCCGUUGACGGUCGAACGAUCAUCGAAAGAAUUUGGAAUCCACAUGCAUGUUUUGUAAACAGCAAACUGGCCAACAUCCAUACAAGCCCAUUCAAGAACAUCUUUCUACAAAUUUACAGUAACGGCAGUAUCUGGUACAAUUACCGUAUUAAACUCACAGGACCCUGUUCAAAUACAUUGAGGACGUUUCCCAUUGACCAACAACGAUGUAUGCUGUUCUACGAAAGCUUUACGCAUAAUCAUGAUCAGGUGGAAAUGGAAUGGAUUGAUACGGUUCCGCCGAUUACGAUUAUGAAAGGAAAUAUCACUCUGCCAGAUUAUGUACUUGUCGAUUUUUCGGCUAGCAGUGAGCUACGGCUCUAUCCGCCUGGUAUUUUCAAUGAGCUGAUCGCUACGUUCACUUUUCAACGAUUGUACGGUUUCUAUAUUUUACAGGUAUACGUUCCCGCCUAUAUAUCUGUGUUUAUUUCUUGGGUGUCAUUCUACCUCGGUGCUGAGCAAAUUCCUUCGCGAACCACCGUUGGUGUGAACUCACUGUUAGCUCUAACGUUUCAAUUUGGUUCUGUCGUCAAUAAUCUGCCCAAAACAAGUGAUGUGAAAGCCAUUGACGUCUGGAUUCUCAGUUCGAUGGCGUUCAUAUUUGCCUCCCUUAUCGAACUCGCUGUUGUAGGAUAUCUAACCAGAAAUGGGAACCAUGCCUCAAUAAAGUGCCACUGCUCGUGGUUGUGUAUUAGAUGUCGUGAUUGGACUGCAGCGAAGCUUGACAAGGCUUCAUCGGUCAUAUUUCCUACAUGUUUCCUUUUUUUCAACAUUUGGUACUGGUUUGUCUUUUUAGGGUGA